AUGUUUUUAUUUUUCUUUCUAUCAUUUUUUUUAUUUUGUGUUAAUUGCCAAUUUCCAUUUAUUGGACAACAACAAUCAUUUAUUCCUCCAGGACAACGUGGACCUAUUAAUAUUCCUCCAGGACAACGAGAAUCUUUUAUUCCUCCAUUAGGACAACAAGGACCUUUUAUUCCUCCUGGUCCUCAUCAUCCUCAUUCACCUCAUGGAAAACAUGAUAAAGGUUCUAAUAAUUUACAAAAUUUUAUUUCAUCUUUUAUUUCACCUGGUGCACAUGGUAUGAUGCAAAUGAUACCUGAGACUAUAUUAAAUAAUAUUGAUCAAGUUACACAUACAAUAUUUAAAGGUCCAUCUAGAAGAUGGAAAUUUCCUCCACAUAUGAUAAGAAGAAUGGUCAGAUUUUGUAAAAGGCAUCCACAAGCAAAGAAAUGUAAUCAAUUAUCAGAACGUAUUAGAAAUAAAUUUGAAAAAUUUACUUCUGGUCCAAAUAUUGGAGGAUUAAACUUUUGGGAUAGAGAUGUUUUUGGUGGUCUUAAACAAUAUGAAAGACCUAAAAUGCGUAAAAUAAGGCUUCCAAAUUUUCUUGAAGGUGUUCCUUCAUUAUUUCAUAAACAUCUUCCAAAAGUUAUGUAUGGUAAUAUUGAAUCAACAUAUAAAAGCAAAAUGAUGAAAGUGUGCCAAAGUAAAUCUUGUAAUGAACAACCUGAAGAAGCAAUAGAUAAAAGAGCAAGUGUCGCAGAUGGAUUGUUAGCUUUUCAAUAUUUUUUAACGCCUAACCAGAGUAUUGAACAGAUGGAUCAGACAAUUGAGAUGAACCUUAUGCGUACAAUGCAGGUGAAAGAAGCACUUAUUAAAAAUGCUGGAUUAGAAGGGCAAGUAGAACCUGUUAAUGACGGUACCUUUCAACAUGAUGUAUUGUUAACAGAAGAACAAUCAAAUAUAAUGCUAAAUCAGAUUACUAAUUCUGAAGGAGCAGGAAUUAAAAGAAGAAGAAAAAGAUCUAGUUUAUUUUUAGAAGGAGUGCCGACAUCUAAAUGGCCAUUUACUGAAAAAAUUAAGUAUACAUUUGAUUCAACUAUGGAUGAAAAUAAUAAAGCUACCGUAAAAAGUGCUAUAAGAGAAAUUGAAUCAAAAACAUGCGUUAGAUUUGUUUAUACACCAACAAAACCAUCUGGAGCACAUUUAUAUUAUAUUAAGUAUGCCAGCGGGACAUUCUGUGGCUUAAGUUAUAUUGGUCGUGUAUUACCCUCAAAUCCAAUAUAUCUGUCAUUUUCAUGUGAAAAUUCAAUUGGAAUAGCUGUUCAUGAAACAUUACAUGCUUUAGGUUUAAAUCAUGAACAAUUACGUGGCGAUCGUGAUGAAUAUAUUCAAAUUAACUGGGAAAAUAUCAAUCCUCAACAGUAUGAUUUUUUUGCAAUUGCUGAUAGUAAACAAUUUACAAGUUAUGGUGUUCAAUAUGACUAUGGCAGUAUUAUGCAUUAUGACCAAUUGAUCGCAUCAUCGAAUGGGAAACCUUCGAUGAGUGCAAAAAUAAAUCCCUCAAUGAACCAACGAUUAAUGGGGCAACGUCGCGGGUUAAGUGAAAGAGAUGUUGAAAUAAUACAAAAAAUGUUCUGUAUGCCAGAUUGUGAAGAUAAGAACGUUUAUUGUGGUCAUUGGAGCUUAAAAAAUCUUUGUGGUGCACCAGGUACACCAACACAAAAUAGUUGGAUGAUGCAAAAUUGUCAAAAAUCAUGUGGUUUUUGCGGGUUUUAA